CUCCCCUUAAGUCUUGCACAGGUGUACCAGCUCCUCCUCAAGUCUUGCCCUUCAGCUCUUCCCCUUCAGUCUUGCACAGGUGUACCGGCUCCUCCCCUCAGUCUUGCACAGGUGUACCAGCUCUUCUCCCCUUCAGUCUUGCACAGGUGUACCGGCUCCUCCCCUUCAGUCUUGCACAGGUGUACCGGCUCCUCCCCUUCAGUCUUGCACAGGUGUUGUACCGGCUCCUCCCCUUCAGUCUUGCACAGGUGUACCGGCUCCUCCCCUUCAGUCUUGCACAGCUGUACAGCUCCUCCCCUUCAGUCUUGCACAGCUGUUCCAGCUCCUCCCCUUAAGUCUUGCACAGGUGUACCGGCUCCUCCCCUUCAGUCUUGCACAGGUGUACCGGCUCCUCCCCUUCAGUCUUGCACAGGUGUACCGGCUCCUCCCCUUCAGUCUUGCACAGGUGUACCGGCUUCUCUCCUGAACUGAAAUGGCUAACUUUGAUUUCACUGCACACUGUGAGCUUCUCACAAUGUG